AUGAUUCAUGGUCCUAAUUCUUAAUUUUCUGGUGCUUUCACUAUAGGCAAAAGAUAUGAAUGUAAUUUAUAAUUUAAUCUUAGGUGCCAUAUACUAAACCAAUCCAAAUCCUGGGUAUCAUAUUUAUUCACAUUAGACCAAAUCAUUAUUCAGUCAAUCCUAUAGAUAAACCUACAGGAUAUAAAUUUUCUAAAUCUAGCAGAAAACCACUUUAUUAAUCUACAAUAGCUCCUGAUCCUGGAACAUAUGAGAAUAAAAUAUAAGUAAUUAUUAGUAUAACUUAUUUAGGCUAUCUUACCUCAUACAUCUUCAGUUAGAUUUACUAAAGCAAAGGAGACUUCUCCUAAAGAAACUGAGAUAGGCCCAGGAUCAUAUAAUUUAUCUGAUUAAAAAAAAGCACCAGCAUUUACUUUUUAAAGUAGAUUUGAUUCAAUUGGAAGUGAAAUCAUGAAAACUCCUGGUCCUGGAAAUUAUGAAUUAGAGCAUAUUCAUACUUAAAAGCCUUAAAAUAAAGGAUUUUCUACUAGUUAAAGAACAAAUAUACUUUUAUCAAAUCAUCCUGGACCUGGUUCUUAUGAAAUAGAAAUACCAAAGUUUUCAACUAAAAUUAAGUAAUCUUUAGCGAUGUAUCAAAAAGAUUUCCAAAAUCAUAACGUAGUAUGGAUUGGAGUCAUGUUGGACCAGGUCCAGGAGCAUUUGAUCUUAAUUUACCAAAAUAAUAAGGCAUUACAUUUGGAAGCAAAAGGAAUUAAUAAAUUGAUAGAGCAAAUGUACCAGGACCAGGUAGUUAUGAUCCAGAUGUAUUAGAUGGAAAAUUUAAAAGUAUUAAAGGAGCUAAGUAUAUAUUUUAUUAUUAUUUGAAGAAUAGGAAAAUCUGAGAGAAGUAGUUAAAAUUUCUCAAAAAUUGGUCCAUCUCCACUUGAUUAUGAUGUUUCUAAUUAUAAAUAUCCUACCAGACAUGCAAGGUUUUGACUUGGAUCUAUAAAUAAUUGUAGUUUUAAUAAAGCAAUGAGACCAUCGAUGAUAUCUACAGAAAGAACACCAGGACCAGGAUCAUAUAUUAUAGAUUCAAAAUUAAAAAAGAAUGGGGCUAUAAUUCCAAAAGCCUCUAAAGAUUAAAUUAAUUUGGAACAUUUACCAGUUAUGAUAUAUAUUUAUAUUAGGGACCUGGAAGAUAUAAUCCUAAUGAUUCAAUGACUUCUAAUAAAGGACCUAGUUAUCAUAUUGCUAAAAAAUAUGAUAAACCUUAAGAAUCAAGUUUACUUGGGCCUGGCAGAUAUAAUAUUAUAAGAGAUGUUAAUGAUGGGCCAAAAUAUACUUUCCCUACUCUUGAAAAGAGCAUGGAGAAAAAGUCAAUAGAUUUAAAUCAGUAAGAUUCAAAAAAUAAAAUAGAUCACAUUGUUAUGAAAUUUAGUAAACCAUUGGAUAUAUUCCUUAGUAUGCUCUUCAUAAUUGA